AUGACAAUGAAUAUUGCUUCAGCUCUUCGUUAUGGCAGAGUCUGUAAUUGCCGAUGGCAAACGAAGUUUGUGAUUUGUAUACAAUGUAUAUGCUAUUCUUUAUCCUUCAUCCCUAACAUGAAUUCGUACUUCUGCAUUAUCGGAGGUUACCUCCUACCACCUUACUUUCGGCUUUGGACACUUUUUACGUCUUCGUUUUACAACUUUUCACUCACACUUCUCUUAUUGGAUAUUCUGACUGUGUUUCUUAUGGACAAAUUACUAUCCGGUCCAUACAAAUGGCUUGAGCUGCUUCGAUUUAGUGUGUUGGUGAACUCUUCUUCUUCUGUCUCUGUUUCUUUAUUUCUUUUCCUAAUAUCUCUUGUCAUGUAUGACAAAAGUGUGCUAUUUUUAUAUCCUGUUUGCGGUCUUGUUGCACUUCUGGGUGGCGUCACUGUAUUAGGCCGCCAGAUGAUGUCAGAUAAGCUCUUGAUCGAUUUUCCUUUAGGAAAAAUACGCUAUAAACACAUACCAUUCAUAUCUGCUCUUUCCUUCGCUGUUUUAUUCAGCAUUGGGUUUUGUGCUGGCAUAUCCUUUUCUCUCUUUGUAACCGGGAUUUUUAUUGCGUGGACCUACUUGCGUUUCUUUCAAAGACACAGUAAUGGACUACUUGGCGAUGUGGAUGAUAGCUUCACGUUUGCUGGAUUUUUUCCAAAUCAUUUAGGCCCACCUGUCUCUGUAGUAUCUAGUGCAGUAUUCAACGUUCUGGUUCGGCUGAAUAUUUGUAAGCCACCACCCGUAAGACAAGUAUCAGCCUCACCUUCCGUAGUUUCAUUUACGAUAGAUAUACACAACAAUGCUUCUCAAUUGGCUAACAGGUACAUUCCAGCUCUAGACCAUGUAAAUACUGCAAGUAUUCAGUCUGCAGGAAAAUAUAUUUCGUCCAUCUACACAAUUUCAAAUUUAUCAACUGAACAAAGUCAACCCAUACAAACAAAUGGUACACCACUGCCACCUAUACCACCUCCGAUUUCUGUUUCAAAUAAUAAUUUAUCGUGA